CAGCUGUUGAAGCGUACGCAACAAUCAGCCUUUCGUUGAUUCGUGUCAAUGAUUGUGCCUACUUCCAUUUUCACACACGUCCCCCCCCUCCGAUGCUGCACCUGCGACGCCCGACGUGGACCUCCACCCAACGGCAACAGGUUCGCGAAAGCGCCACACAAGCGCUACGACAAUUCAUCUUCGACAGCCAGCUCCUCCACAACGACGGCGGCUCUAUUGAAUGGACUCUCGACGGCUCUACUGACAAGGACGGACUCGUUCAAUUGUACACGGGCAAGACACCGUUUAAUGUCGUGGUCUUCGCGAACGCGCGGAGAGUUCGCGGCACGCUGGCGCAGGCGGCCACGUUAGCCGGCCAAUUUCCCACCUCGCAUCACUUUGAUGCGUUGGAGUCGAUGGCCGUGGCCUCCCUGGACGAAGACGACUCGGCUACCGACAACCAUCAUCAUCAUGUGGGCGUGACAUGGAUGGCGGUCAAGGCAGCCCCAAGCGCCAAAGUCCGCGACGCAUGCGUGUUGGAGGUGCGCGACAUGUUUGAAACGGGGGAAGCCAAGGGAUUUGCGUCGCUCGUGCAGUCGAUCGACGUGUGUCCGGAAGCCAGUGGUUUCGUGCGCAUGCACACUCAACACACCGGCUACACGUUCACGGAGGUCUCGCCCGGACUUCUGGAUGUCGUGUGCUGUAUGCACGUCGACUUUCGCGGCACGCUGCCAUCGUGGGUGGCCCGUCGGUACAUGAAGAAGCGAGUGGCUGGCAUGGCUGCCCAGCUGAGCGUGUACAUCAAGCAGAUGCAACCGGCGGAAGCCACCACCACCAUGCUGCGCAACGUCGUGUCGGGCAAGCACUGCGCCGGCUGCUUUCACCCGUUCAAGGCAUUUGAAUCCAGAAAAACAUGUACCACGUGCCGCGAUCGCGUGUGCAAAGCGUGCCUCACCACCACGUUCGUGAAGAAAGUCAGGCAGCACAAGCCAGUGUGCAUUCGCUGUGUGAUGAAAGAAGCGACAACGGCACAGCCCAUACGACGCUCGUCCCCAGACAGCUCCUCGUCAUCUACAGCUUCCACUCAUCACCUUCUCAGUGCGCUGACCCACCGCCGCCACUCGUCGACUCCAUCGUCAUCGCGUAGCCCAACCGCCACGUCAUUCUACCGGGAAGCAGAUUGGGCUGCGCAGAACCACUCAAUCCUGGUCGUGGACGACGCCAACCUGGACAUUUUGGAGCAGCACGACGACCACGAGUGUUUCAGAAGCGCGGACGAUGGCGAUGUCAACACAUUCCUUGACUUGCAAUUCGUCCGGUCGGGGGACGGGCGACUCGAGCAGACGCACCUCGCCCGUGCAGAAGAGGUACCCACGACCGACAGUAGCGACGACAACGACUUCGAUCUGGCUAGUUUGCGACCCACGGCGUCGUCCUCGCUAGAAAGAUCGAGGAUGUCGCUCAUGUCGGACAGCGGCGCGCACUCGAUCUCGUCAGUCGUGUGGACAGACGCGAUCUCCAACUUUCACUCCAACUUACGACACUUUAAGCAAGGGAUGCACCACUGACAUCCUCGAC